UCACAAUACGCGCAACCCAGUAGAAUUUCCGUGAGAUGCGGCCUCUGUGCUCUAAACAGGCUCUGCUGAAUAGUCCUAGCUAUAGUUAAGAGAGUGUGUACCAAGCGCCAAAAGUUAACUACGCACUCAGCGAUUCGUGUAAGUCGUGCGUGCAACAACGAAUGCUCAAGGAAGAAUAGUGACGGCGAUGGUGUAGUAACGUUCACUAGGUCAACAAUGAUGAUUGUACAAGUAGAAGAACCUGCUAAAGCUAUGGACAAGCCACAGCAACGGCAGCAGCACAUGGUGCCCGAGGAUGACGAAGAUUGGCUGCUGGGUUUGGCUUUCACCAAACCAAGGCACACCGUCACCAUCGAAGGCAUCAACUGUAUUAGUCAGACUUGGCGUAUGAAGGAACGGAUGAAAACUGUGAGCGUUGCACUGGUACUUUGUCUGAAUGUCGGCGUCGAUCCACCGGACAUCGUCAAGACUCAGCCCUGCGCUCGCCUCGAGUGCUGGAUUGAUCCUCUGUCGUUGAGUCCUCAGAAAGCUCUGGAGACCAUUGGUUCCAAUCUGCAGAAGCAGUACGAACGAUGGCAGCCUCGUGCUAGAUACAAACAGAGCUUGGACCCGACUGUUGAAGAGGUAAAGAAGCUCUGCACUUCGUUGAGGAGGAAUGCCAAGGAAGAAAGGGUUCUGUUUCAUUAUAAUGGCCAUGGUGUACCUAAACCUACUGGUAACGGAGAGAUAUGGGUGUUUAAUAGGUUGUUUCAUGCUUCUAACUUACAGACAUAUACUCAAUACAUUCCUCUAUCAGUAUAUGAUUUACAAACAUGGAUGGGAGCUCCUAGUAUUUAUGUCUACGACUGUUCUAAUGCGGGUAUUAUUGUUGAUUCUUUUCAACAUUUUGCUGCACAACACGAGAAAGAGUACGAGAUAGAAAAACAAGUAAAACAACAAAAUAGAACAGGAGGUGCACUUCCUAUUACUGCACCUUCUUAUAAGAAUUGUAUACAACUAGCAGCUUGCGCUGCUAAUCAAAUUUUACCAAUGAAUCCAGAUCUUCCUGCUGAUAUAUUCACCUCUUGCCUUACAACCCCCAUCAAAAUCGCAUUACGCUGGUUUGUAAUGCAAAACACGUCCAAAUUGGUGCCAAAAGUGUCGUUAGAUCUGAUAGACAAAAUACCAGGUCAACUGUCAGAUAGGCGAACUAUGUUAGGGGAAUUAAACUGGAUAUUCACUGCAAUUACAGACACAAUUGCAUGGAACACGUUACCAAGAGAUUUAUUCCAAAGGUUAUUUAGACAAGAUCUACUAGUAGCUAGUUUAUUUAGGAAUUUCUUAUUAGCUGAAAGAAUAUUAUGUUCCUAUGAUUGCACACCAGUCUCCUAUCCAAACCUACCUCCCACAUACCAACACCCAAUGUGGCAAGCUUGGGAUUUAGCUUUAGAUUUAUGUUUAGCACAAUUGCCAGGAAUCUUAGAGAGAGAUGAGCCAUUUGUUCAUUCACCCUUCUUUGAGGAACAACUAACUGCUUUUCAAGUAUGGCUCACUUUUGGUUCAAAGAAUCGUUAUCCUCCAGAGCAAUUACCAAUAGUGUUACAAGUUCUGCUAAGUCAAGUACAUAGACUAAGAGCGCUGGAAUUGUUGGGACGAUUCCUUGAUCUUGGUCCUUGGGCUGUCAAUUUAGCACUAAGUGUUGGCAUAUUUCCCUAUGUGUUGAAACUAUUACAAAGCAAUGCAAGAGAGCUCAGACCAUUACUUGUUUUUAUUUGGGCUAAAAUACUUGCCGUUGAUAAUACCUGCCAAGCUGAUUUAGUUCGCGAUAACGGCCAUAAAUAUUUUUUGUCUGUUUUACAAGAUACCUUAAUACAGAGUGAGUACAGAACAUUAGCAGCUUUUGUGCUUGCUUGCAUAGUUAACAAUUAUCCACCGGGUCAAGAAGCCGCUUUGCAAGGCAGUCUCGUAUCUAUUUGUUUGGAGCAACUUGGUGAUGCAAAUCCUUUGCUGAGACAAUGGUUAUGUUUGUGCCUUGCGCGACUUUGGCACAAUUACGACAAAGCUCGAUGGUGCGGUGUACGUGACAUUGCCCAUGAGAAACUGUAUAAUCUUUUACAAGAUCCCGUGCCUGAAGUUCGUGCUGCGAGUGUUUACGCUUUAGGAACUUUUAUAAAUAGUGUGACGAAACGAAGUGAGCAUGCCAAUAAUAUUGACCAAACGAUCGCUAUGAUGUUAAUAAACACUGUCACCCACGAUAUGUGUCCUCUAGUCAGAAAAGAAUUAGUGGUGGCUCUCCAGUGGAUGGUUUUGCAUUUUGAAAAUUCUUUUGUAACUCUCGCCAUCGCCGAAGAAAAUAGCAAAAGAGAACUCGUCGUUGAAACUUUUUCGCCAUUUAGUGGUAUGAGAAGGAUAAGUUCGAAAGAUAGAUUGAAGAUGCUGUCUCCAAAUAGCGCAUAUUCUAUAGAUGCAACGGAUGGAUUUGGAACUGACAGAAUGAAAAGAGUCUCCUCGGUGUCGUCAAUCAGUAGUUUAGGAAAUAAUUGGGAGUUCGUGAGAAAACCUUGCGAAUUGCUCGGUCACAGCUCUCUUGGAAAUUUACCUAGUUUGUCAUACGGAAGUGUUUACAUGAAAUUGUGGCAUGGGUUGUGUGGUCUUGAUAACGAUCCACAUCCUGGUGUUGCUAUAAUGGCGCAAAAAGUCACUAAUCACAUUCGUAAUCAGGUGAAAGAAUCAACAACUCCAAAAGAAGUGACUGAUGCUAAGAUAUCAUCUUCAUUAUCUUUACCUCCGUCUCCAUCAAAUAAAAAUUAUUUAACCAACAACAAAGGAGAAUCACCACCUGCAGUGAAUUCCGAUCUUUUCGUUGCUUUCAAAGGUUCUCAGAGUCGUCCUCAGAGGCUACCAGCACAACAGAAUCGAUCAAGAAAGCCAUUACCCAAUACGAUAUCGGAAGAAUCGGAUGAAACUCAAGGUUUCAAAAACCCUUUGACUACUUCUCAAUUCGUUGAAUGGAGUUGCGCACAAUUUGCUCAGCCCGUGAGUUUCGAUCAUGAGGCCGAAUCUACGAAUGACGUCGAAAGUCGGUCUCAUCACGAGCGCGAGUGGAGAUAUUUGCGAAAUAAGAAACAAAGAAAAGAAGUCAGAGACGAGCAAUUACGAGCAGUGUAUGGUCGAAUUGAGUCGCAAGUGUUUCAUGCGCGUUGCCCUCAGCAGCCAGAGGUACUUUUAUUUCACCCUUUCGACUCACACUUAGCAGUAGCAUGCAAAGAUUAUUUCGGAAUUUGGGAUUGGCAUAGCGGUACAAAACUCACGUAUCACCCAAGUCGAGGAAAUCGACCCUCACGCAUUACAGCUUUGGAAUUUAUUAAUUCUCACGAUGUAGCACUCUUAAUGGUUGGAUCAGACGAUGGAUCAAUUAGAGUUUGGAAAAAUUAUUAUAUGUUAGGUCGCGAGCCUACAUUGAUAACUGCUUGGCAAGCACUUGCUGACUUACAGCCUGUUGUUAAAGGUUCUAUAGGAACAUCUGGUCUCGUGACAAGUUGGGAGCAACGAACAUUAACUCUCGCGGUAACAGGUGAUGUAAAAAGUGUACGACUUUAUGAUGCCGAAACGGAGUUAAAGGUUCAAGAUAUCCCUACGGGUGCUGAUUGUUGUGUGAGUUGCAUUAAUACCGACAAUCGAGGCAACAUAAUGGUCGUUGGUUGCGGAGAUGGCUCAGUUCGUAUUUUUGAUCGACGAUUGGCUCCCAAUGAGGCAAAAGUCAUGACUUAUAGGGAACAUAAUGCAUGGGUGCUUGGCGCUUAUUUAAAAAAAAUGACCGACUUUGAUUUUAAGUUAAUAACCGGUUCGUCAUCUGGCGACGUCAGGUUCUUUGAUCUCAGAAAAAAUUCGUCGGUCAAAACCGUGCAAACCACACAGGGUAUUACUGAUUUUGUAAUGCAUCAGUCUUCUGAUAUUUUUGCAAGCAGCUCAACAAAUCACUGUAUCAGCCUGUACAAUGUUUCCGGUCAGCACUUAAAUACAAUAAAGUUCCACGAAGGUUUUAUGAGUACAAGGAUUGGUCCAGUGAGUUGCUUAAAUUUCCACCCUCAUCGUGUCGUUCUGGCUGCAGGUUGCGUCGAUAGUACUGUAACGGCCUAUGCAUCAGAGCAUCGUAGAUGACGCUCAGAGUUAGACUUCUUGUAGGGAUACCUUGGCCGUUAGAGAGGCAGCUCCGUAUAUUUUAAUGCCCUACAAUUAUGAAAGUUGACGCACUUUGUUACGAUUUUUAUAAACAUUUUGGUAUACGGGCUUUCUCGAGCUCGUAGCUGAUCAAUGUGAUAUUUUUAAAGCUACACGCUUAUGUAAAGAGAUAGCUAUAUCGAACAGUGCGCGUACUAACUACUGUAAAUACGGUGUAAAACUAGGCCCCAGAUUAAGUUUGCAUAGAGAUGAGUGUGCCUGUAGCUAUGAUUACGCGAUAUGAGAAGGCCUAUGUUCGUAUGCUUGUACAUCGUAUUUGUGCAUCACGGAGACAUUACCUCGACAUUAAUGAUAAUGCACGAUUUCGUUUUCAAUUGUACAUAUAUUUUUUACAGAGCUUAAGUCUAUUUAGUGUACUUAAGAUGUUUUUCUUUGCUUUCUUUUUAUACGUAUACAUGCACGACGUGUUUGUUAUAAAAUCCACGCUCAAAAUUCAAUUGUACUAUACUGCGAUAUUAAAGUAGUCAAGCGAUAUGACUAUAGUUGAAACAAUCUAAACGCAAAAUACACACACGCAGCGAUGUACCAUCUUUGCACACAAUAGCCUUAAUACAAUUUAAUAAAAUACAAUACAAUCAUAUUAAAGCAUCCAUGAAUUUUGUAUAAUUCGACAAUUUUCUUUGAAUAUAUGUACAUUCGUUGGAAUAACGUCAUCACAUUACAGCAAAUUUUGCACGCAAUGAGAUAAUUUUCUUUUUCCUAUUACCAAAAUGCGUAAUGGAAAAUCGUAAUGAUCAUUGUUUACAAUGACAUUUUUUGAAUCUUCCGAAAGGUUUUGUGUAUUUUUUUCUUUGUAAAACAAAAAAAUUAAUUUCAUUUUUAUUUCAUUAAUUGCUUUACCUAUUAUUAUUAGUAAUACUAUUAUAUCAUUUGUAUUACAUGAUCAAUCGAGUAUGAAGUAAAUUCGUCCGAGGUUUCAACUGAACGAGGUGAUAAGCCGCGUGCGAUGCCAUUAAUUAAGGCAUCACGAUAAUAGAUUGAAAACAAGUCGCCACUGUGCAAAAUUCAUAGUACCCAAUCGAGAUAGGAUGGACUACUUAAUUCGUUCGAAUACAACUAACUAUAUUAUUUGUAUUUCCGUAAUAACUUUAAUGACGUUACGAUAAUAUCUAGAUUUCGUGUUAUUAUUUGCUGUUAA